AUGGAAGAAAAACGUGUUCCUCCUCCUGGAAAGUCAAGUGGGAUUCCCAAAUCUAUACCUAGGCCGAAGUCAACGUUUCCCGUGAAGAAGCGGAGGAUUGUUAAAGACGAAGGAAUAUCAGAAUCCGAACGAAAGCGGCCGAAAUUGCAAGAUUUCAGACCUCUUCACCAGUCGAAAGUGGUGAAGGCUGUAAAUUCAAAUGUAAAAGCUAGUACUGGUGGUGAAUUGAGAUGUAAAAGUGGGUCCUUGGAAAACAUAGAUUCAAUGAAAGUCUGGAAAGAAUUGAAAGAAAACGGGUUUCUCUCAACUAAUCUCAGUGACAAGUUAAAGCUGAUAACGAAAAUUGCCAAGAAUGAGAAAUUUGUCAGGCCCGCGAAAAUUGUCCCCCCUUCUGGAUUACUAAGCGGAUUGAAUCCCGGCAUUUUAAGGCAUGGUAUCAGGAACAGAAAAGAUGUUCAUUCGAUAAUCAGAUCUUUCAUUCAGUCCCCCAAACAGGAGGAGAGCAAAACAGUGACAGACAAUCAAACUUCUCCUUCGAUGUUGCCUGUCCACGUUUCUCUUCUUCCUGUCAAAGCUGCUAAUGUUGCUUCACAAUGGCUGGAUUUUAUUCAUCAAAACACAAAGGGACGGCUUGCAGCUCUUCAAGAAAGUAAGAACAGAGUUAGAGCUGCUUAUCAGAACCACAUAGGCCCUUUGCUUUCGAAAGAAUUCUGGAAUUCAAAUAAACUUUUAAGUGCUAGUGAUGAGAAGAAUUAUCAUGCACAUGGAGUAAAAUGGACUGCUCGUUUUCUUCUGAUAAAAGAGUCUAUUUCUGAUGAAGAGCGAAAUCUGGUGAGUGUUAGCUUCUUCUAUAAUAAUAAUAAUGAUUAUGGACUUAACUGGUUUUUUAAAUUUUAUUUCAGACAGCAUGGCUGA